AUGCAGCAUAUCUCACCUUCAUCCCUUGAAAAACUCCCCUCGCGGAUCUCCUACCUCUCUACCUUUCUCGAUCUCACCCCCUUGGACGGCGAAGCCCUCCUAGCAGCAAAACCUCUCAUCGCACCACUCAUCCCCACAAUCCUUGAUGCCGUCUACAGCAAGCUGCUGUCUUUCGACAUCACGGCCAAAGCCUUUGUACCGAAGAAUACGGAUUAUGAGGGAGAAUUGGUGAAAAGUGUGCGGGAAUUGACGUUGGAACAUCCACAAAUUGCGUUGAGGAAGGACUUCUUGAAGAACUACCUCGUCAAAUUCGUCUCCACCACAGAUCUAACACCCACCUCGCCUUUCUGGGUAUACCUCAAUAACGUUGGCAUUAUGCACACCGGCCAACCGGGCUUCAAGCACUGUGCCAAGCGUCCAGAGCUGCGAGUAGAGUACAUCCAUAUGGGCGCGCUCCUAGGUUACGUAGUUGAUAUCGUUAUCGGUGCUGUGAUGAGUAUGGAUGUUAUUGAUAUUGAGAUGAAGUGUAAGGUCAUCAGGGCACUGAAUAAGGUUGUUUGGAUCCAGAAUGAUUUGAUGGCAAGGCAUUAUUUGGCAAAGAGCGGAGAAAACGGGAUCGAGGAAUUGGCGCCUACGCCGCCGUUAUCUGAAGGGGAAGGGGGGACUGAGGAGAGAAAGGGUAAGUGUCCAUUUUCUGAGUAG